CAAGAACUGUAGAACUAUAGAGCAUACUUACAAGAUGAACUAUAAUAAUCGACCCGUACCUCCGACGUCCAGCCUUCCUCCUCUCAACCGCCUAUCAGCACACUCUCUAUCACAGGUCACAAAUGCGCUAGACAAUAUUCGCAUUCUCUACUUCCCACCACCAUCCCCGCCCCGUCGUUACAGUCUCCGAAACCGCGCUCUUCAGCAUCGGCAUCUCAUCCAUGAUGACUCUGUACCCGACUCUGGUUAUGCAUCUGCGGAGGAAGAUGACGAGGAUACCGGAGUUGUCGAAGAGGUGGUAGCGAUUCCAGUGAGCUCGUCUGUCGAGGGGGAAGGAGACGGCGAAGAGCCGUUCGAUAUCGAUGUCCUUCGCUCUGACACCUUCGAGCGCGCGUUUGCCAUCAAAUGGCUCACAGCCUUCGCAGCCCGCGCAGAUGUUUGGAUAUCCACCUCUCCCAUCGAAGAAGACGAGCGCACUCAGGCCGUCGACGAUGCGGCCAACAUCCUCGCCUCGUUCGUCGGCGCCGAGCCGGAACAGGCACUCACCCGGGCGUUCUCUUUCCCAUUCCUCGGCUCCAAGGCAGAUACAAUCGAGGUGGAGCUCAACGAUGCGCCGCUCCUGAGUGGAGACCAUACUUCAGUCGGGUUGCAGAGCUGGGCAAGCUCAAUCAUCCUCUCGGAGCGCAUGUGUGCACAACCGGCAACCUUUCGCCUGGAUGCGAACUCCAGCCGUAACGGUGGGCGAAUUUUGGAGCUUGGCUCGGGCACAGGUCUCCUUAGCAUCUCGGCGGCAAAAAUACUUCAGCGAUAUGGUGCCCUAGAAAAUACCACGAUCGUCGCAACGGACUUCCACCCAGACGUACUUGCGAACCUCCGUCGCAAUGUUGACACUAACUUCACCUCCUUCCAUAAUGCAAUUGACGUGCGCUGUCUCGACUGGGAAUAUCUGGAUUUAGCCGCUCCUUUUGACAAGCCGUUUGAUAUUAUCCUUGCAGCGGAUGUCGUUUAUCACCCAUCGCACGCGGCGUGGAUCAAGGCGUGCGUUUACAGUCUACUUGCGAAGCCUACUGCGACGGGUGCUAUUGGCGGUGUAUUCUGGCUUAUAGUCGCUUUGAGAGCGAGUGGGCGGCAUGAGGGCGUGGCCGACACGGUGAAUGAUGUCUUUCCAAGCGCCCAGGAUGUUAGGUUGACGAUGUCGUCAGAGUGGGAGUUGGCUGUGCUGCAUCAGCAGCGCCUCGAGCGUCAGGGUGGGAUAGGAAGAGCGGACGAGGGUGGGUAUAAGUUAUUUGAGAUUGGGUGGGUACGAUCAUAAUGCCCCUAGAUAGCGCUACGUUUGGAACUUGGUUGCAUCCAUCCGUCCAUCUUGCAUCAUUGGUCGAUCCUUGUUGAGACUGCUCAGCUUACAAUACAUAGAUCCAUGUACAUUAUCUGCAUACAUCCGCCAUACUACACCAUAAUCUUUAUGUAGGUCGUCGUCCUAAACCGCAUAGAACCAAGGCAGCCGUCAUAACAUCGUC